AUAUGCGUGAUAAAAUGAGGAAAUGGAGGGAAGAGAACUACCGAAACAGCGAGCAGAUAGUGGAUGUGGGAGAAGAGUUAAUUAAUGAAUAUGCAUCUAAGCUUGGAGAUGACAUUUGGAUAAUCUAUGAACAGGUGAUGAUUGCUGCCCUGGAUUGCAGUCGAGAUGAUUUGGCAUUGUUUUGUCUUCAAGAACUAAGGCGGCAGUUUCCUGGGAGCCACAGGGUUAAGAGAUUAACUGGAAUGAGAUUCGAAGCUAUGGAAAGGUAUGAUGAUGCUGUCCAGCUAUAUGAUAGAAUUUUACAAGAAGACUCAACCAACACAGCAGCAAGAAAGCGUAAGAUUGCCAUUCGAAAAGCCCAGGGGAAAAAUCUUGAGGCCAUCCGAGAGCUGAAUGAGUAUCUGGAACAAUUUGUCGGAGACCAAGAAGCUUGGCAUGAACUUGCAGAACUUUACAUCAAUGAACAUGACUAUGCAAAAGCAGCCUUCUGCUUAGAGGAACUUAUGAUGACUAAUCCGCACAACCACUUAUAUUGUCAGCAAUAUGCUGAAGUCAAAUAUACUCAAGGGGGGAUUGAAAACCUUGAGCUAUCAAGAAAGUAUUUUGCACAAGCACUGAAGCUGAACAACAGAAAUAUGAGAGCUUUGUUUGGACUUUACAUGUCUGCCAGCCAUAUCGCCUCCAACCCAAAAGCAAGUGCAAAAAUGAAGAAGGAUAAUAUGAAAUACGCCAGCUGGGCAGCCAACCAAAUAAACAGAGCCUACCAGUUCGCAGGCCGCAGUAAGAAAGAGACUAAAUACUCCCUGAAGGCAGUGGAAGACAUGUUGGAGACCCUGCAAAUCACUCAGUCUUAGACUGGCACAAAGAGAUACGAUGUUAAAUUUUCUAAUUUUGUGAUCAACCUAAGGACCUGUGGGUUAAGUUACUGUAGUGCUGUUAAAAAGUAAUUUUGUAUUGAUUAAUAUGGCUAUCUAAAAAAAUGUUUUUAUGAAAAGUAAAAUACCUAUUUAUUGCUGCUAUAAGAAGUGAAUACACACUGAAAUGAAUAACUUAUCCCAGGAAGACAGCUUAAAGGAAUUAAAUAUGUUGCACAGUCUCUAGAUUUUGUAUGUACAGCACCUGCUUUUAAGCCAUAAUUUGUAGAAAUAAACCUGUUAAAUGAUU